UCUAUUUAUAGUGCAAGAAUUAAAAUGAGAUUAAAUUUACAGUUGUAGGCUAAAUUGCAUUAAGGCUCUCUGUACCUCAUCAGGUGAGUCAUUUAAUAGCCUAAUGGUUAAAAUGGUGAAGUGAGAUUAAAAUAGGAAAUAAUCAACUGUAUAGCUCCACCCUCAAACUGCUUAGUGUGAGAGCAACAUGGAUGACUUUAUUCCUCCAAAUAACUUGCUUUUCCAGAAUAACUCUUGGCUCUAUUGUAAAUUACCAAAAUGGUGGUGAACAAAGCUUAAAAGACUUUACACCUUUUAAGAUCUUUGGCCAAGAGCUAAGUUUGAAUUUAAUAUAGAUUGUAGUAUUCAGGCUCUUGGGGCACUUAACUGGUUACACUGGGAAUCAUGAAUGUCUUUAUGAUAAUUCAGGGAACUCUAGAGGACUUCAAACUGGACGGUCUAUUCAUAUUCAGAGAAGAUCCUAUUGAAGUUAACGAUUAACCAAGAGGAAGCAACAUAACCAAAAGCACAGUGACUAUUGUACAAGUCAUCUUGUUAGGUCAACAUGUUUUUUUAUUGCUAGGAAGGUCAGGGGAGGAGGGGGUUUGUUUUAGAUUUAACUUUGGCUCACCAACCUUUCUAAUACUUCAUUUCAGUAAUGACUAGAAAUAGGUCUGGAUGUCUUCCCAGAGUCUGGUAUAUAUGUUCUUUUUUGUCAGGAGAGGAGGAGAGGUCUUCAUGAGACUUCACUUAAAUUCUGGUUAUUAAACUGAGGCUUUAAUUGGUGUCAAUGCCUUAUCUCUAAAAUGUAAAACUUAACUAGAAUUUGCUUGGGGUAGGGAAUGGGGAAGUGGUAUUUUUAGGACUAAUACAUUGAAAACUGAUUCAGCCUCUCGUGACUUGAACAGUUUUCAAUAGCAUGGUUAGUCAAAUUCAUUAUGACUUUUAACUUAUAAGAAGCUUUUGGGGUAGGUUGGAGUAUUUAUUACAUAUUUUACUGUUUAAUGUCUAACGGCCUUUUAAUUUGUAAACAUUUAUUGAAAUGAUUGUGGGGCUGUGGAAAACAUUUACCUAUUUACCUUUGAAGUAAGUUUUAAGACAGUCCACUUUUUAGCAUGUGUGUUGUGUCCAGCCUGUGGUUGUCUGAACUAAUAAAUGUGAUUUUUCUCCCCAUUCUCGCUUUUAUUUAUUUGUGUAUAGGCCUCUUCCUUGGUGUGUGUUUCCUGAUCGGAAAACACGAUAAUAGAGCCCAGCUUUUAGUGGAAUUUAAGUAGAUUUUUUUUAAACAAAAUUGUUCUACAGCAAAACGAUCUUAAAAGUUUUUUUUACACAAACUCCUGCACACGUGCUUGUAUAAAAUGUUUUUGAGCCUGUCCUGCAACAUGUUAUACAUAAUGAUGAAUUAACAGUUAAAAUUUAACUGCUAAGCUGUCCCCCUCCUUUCAUAAACUGCCCCUUGGUAGUUUAAUAAAAUCUAGUAGUUCUUUCAUCUGCAUUAAUCUUUCAAGGUUACCCUAACCACUUAAAGGCAAGUUAGAAGUAGGAAUCAUGGGUUUUGGGAAGCAACCAUUUUCCUCUGGGCUGUGCCACUUUCCACUAUUUGGGCAGUUUUGAGGGCUGAGUGUGUAAAUGAACAAUUGUGAGGUCACAAGUGCCUUCUAGGUUAAAACAGGUUAUCACAUUUUAUUGCAUGUUUUGAUGAGUCUGUAGAAGGGUUCUCUGAUAGAACUUGCCUUUAUAUUAGAUUAUCAGUGUGCCUCCACGUUCACCUGGGCGGCUCUCUUCAAAAAUGUUCUCGGGAGCGUGCAAGCACUGCUGGCUGAGAACUCCACCAUGUAAAGCUCCUCCCGGUUCGCCGUCCCAGCCCCAUCCCCACUCCUGUAGGUAGGCAGCAUGGCGGCAGCGUUUACAAUGAAUAACAGCUAAGGCCCGGGUCUCUAAACCACCAUCAAGGGCUAAGAUUUUGAAAGUGGGAGCUGGUUUAUUUUCGCCAACGCUUAAAUUUGAAAAGGUGUAUUUAAAUGGUGAUUUGGGGAACGCCUAAGUAUUUUGAUGGGAUUUGCAAAAAACUGAGAAGCAAAGCUGACUCUUAGCACCGCAUGAUAGUGAAAAAGUAGACGGGAACGACAUUUGUGGGUGCUAAAGACCUAACAAUUAGGCAGGGCUUAAUGGAGGCGAAAAACGGCAGGAGGCCCGCAUCGGCCUUAGCAACAGGGCCAGGUCCGCGGCGGCAGCAGCCCGUACACGGUGACGCGCUUCCGUGGGUGUGGCCGGCCGCGCGCCUGAUCACUUCCGUUGCGCCUGCGCAGUUGGCUCCCGGGCUCCUGUUUGUGGCGGUUUCCCGGGAUCGACCAGUUAAUGGGAGACUGGGCUGUUUUAACUGCCGGCGGCGAUGCGUUCUGGUGCAGCGGUCAGGGCCUGCCAGAAAGUCUGCAGGUGCCUGUUGGCUGGGUUUGGAGGUCGAGUGGAUGGGGGGCAGCCUGAGCCGUUACUGGAAGGGAGUUUUUCCUUCGGAGUGCCCGUGAGGUCGCACGCGGAGCUGCCCCGGGGGAGCGAGCCGACCGAAGCCCCCGAGUCCGGUGAGGGGAGCGAGGAGCUGGUAGAGAUCUGUCAGAGAAGGCAUUUCUUCAGUGGCAGCAAGCGGCAGCUUAGCCGACAUUCUCUUCUGAGCGGGUGCCACCCCGGCCUUGGCCCCUUGGGCAUAGAGUUGCGCAAGAACCUGGCAGCAGAAUGGUGGUCCUCAGUGGUGGUGUUCAGGGAGCAGGUCUUCCCGGUAGAUGCCCUCCAUCAUAAGUCUGGCCCUACGCUGCCUGGGGACAGUGCCUUCAGGUUAGUUUCCGCAGAAACUCUACGCGAAAUCUUGCAAGACAAAGAGCUGAGUAAGGAAGAGCUACUAGCAUUUCUUGAAAACUUACUAAAAACUUCUGGGAAACUACGGGAGAACCUUCUUCACGGUGCUUUGGAGCACUAUGUUAAUUCCCUGGAUCUGGUAAACAAGAGACUACCUUAUGGCCUUGCUCAGAUUGGAGUGUGUUUUCAUCCUGAUACUAAGCAGACAUCUGAUGGUGUUAAAAGAAUCGGUGAGAAGACUGAGGCUUUACUGGUUUGGUUUACUUCAGCAAGAACUGCAGGCCAGUGGCUUGAUUUCUGGUUACGUCAUCGACUCCUGUGGUGGAGAAAGUUUGCUGUGAGUCCAUCUAACUUCAGCAGCAGUGAUUGUCAGGAUGAAGAGGGACGAAAAGGAAACCACCUUUAUUACAAUUUCCCAUGGGGAAAGGAGCUAAUAGAGACCCUGUGGAAUCUAGGAGACCGUGAACUUUUACACAUGUGUCCUGGAAAUGAGUCUCAAUUACACGGCCGAGAUGGACGAAAAAAUGUGGUUCCAUAUGUUUUAUCUGUUAAUGGAAAUCUGGACCGAGGUGUGCUGGCUUACCUCUAUGAUUCUUUCCAGCUCACAGAGAACUCUUUUACAAGGAAGAAGAAUCUUCAUAGAAAGGUACUUAAACUUCACCCUUGUUUAGCCCCUGUUAAGGUUGCUUUGGAUGUGGGAAGAGGCCCAACGGUGGAAUUAAGACAGGUCUGUCAAGGGUUAUUUAAUGAAUUACUAGAAAAUGGAAUUUCUGUGUGGCCUGGUUAUAUGGAAACUGUGCAGUCCUCAUUUGAACAACUUUAUUCAAAAUAUGAUGAAAUGAGUAUCCUGUUCACAGUUUUGGUUACUGAAGCUACUUUGGAGAAUGGGUUAAUACAUCUGAGAAGUAGAGACACCACAAUGAAGGAAAUGAUGCAUAUAUCCAAAGUACAUUUAAAAGAAAUCUUUGAACUUUCAUGUGCUGCUUCUGUUUGUGUUAAUUAUACUAUCGUUACUCACCUGACAAAAAUUCCAAACAGAAAAAGAAUAGUAUAAGUAACCCCAAGUGCUAUCACCCUGCCCAGUAACCAUCAACCUGUGAACAUCUUGCCUCAUCCACCCAACAACCAUCCUUCCAUAUCAGUUUGAAGCAGAUUGCAGCUCUCACUUCAUUUGUAAGUAUUUUAUUUUAUUUAUUUAUUUAUUUUUAAGAUUUUAUUUAUUUAUUUGAGAGAGAGAGACACAGCGAGAGAGGGAACACAAGCAGGGGGAGUGGGAGAGGGAGAAGCCGGCUCCCCGCAGAGCAGGGAGCCCGAUGUGGGACUCGAUCCCAGGACCCUGGGAUCAUGACCUGAGCCGAAGGCAGUCGCUCAACCGACUGAGCCACCCAGGCGCCCCAUUUGUAAGUAUUUUAGUUAAGAGUCUUUUGUUAACCAUUAUCACACCUAAAAAAAUGAACACUAGAUGGUAUUAAGGAAUUAUUGACAAUUUUCUUGGAUGUGUGAUAAUGGUAUUAUGACUUUUUAAAAAAAUGUCCUUAUCUGAAAGAGACACAUACUUAAAUAUUUUUGAGUGAAGUUACAUGAUACUUGAGACUUGCCUUAAGAUUCUCCAGUUUAAAAAAGGUGGUGGAAUAUAGAUAAAAAAUAAUAGUAUCUCUCAGUUGUUGAAGCUGGGUGAUGAGAACAUGAGGGUUCAUUGUAUUACCUUUUUAUUUUUGUGCAUGUUUGAGAAUUUUCAUAAUAAAAAGUUUUUAAAAACCAUUUCUUUAAUAUCAGAUAUCUACUCAGUUUUCAGUUGUCUCAUAAUUUCAUAAAAUUGAAGUUGAUUGUUAGGUCUUUUAGUCUCUGCUUUUUUAAGAAAUUGGGCUGCUUAUUAUGGGGUUUGUUACUCUGGAUUUUGCUUAUUGCAUCCCCAUGAUGGUUUAAUCUGUUCCUGUCUAUAAUUUCCUGAGGAUUUGGAAGUUAAAUCCAAAGGCUUAAUCAGUUUCAAGUUUAAUUUUGGGGGACAAGAUUUUUCCUAGGUUGUUGUGUUCUAUCAGGAGGCAGUACUGUCUGGUAGCUUCUCUUUUUGGGGAUGCUAGCAAUCAUUGAUCAAAACAGUGAUAUCCUAAUUCUCUUUCUUCCUCAUUCAUUAGCUAGAAUACUUCUGUAAAGAAAAGCAUCUCAUCUAUUACUUGCUUAGAGGUGUGAGUGAGGUAGGAUAAAUGCAGAUUUGUUUCCUUUAAAGUUGUUCUCUUUGAUGUUCAAAUUGUCCUAUCUUUGGCCAGUGGGAGCCUCUUCAAGUUGGCCUGGAGUCCUUUUGACACAACUUCAGUAGUCUUUUUUUUUUUUUUUAAAGAUUGUAUUUAUUUGAUAGAGAGAGACACAGCGAGAGGGAACAACAAGCAGGGGGAGUGGGAGAGGGAGAAGCAGGCUUCCUGCCGAGCAGGGAGCCCGAUGCGGGGCUCGAUCCCAGGACCCUGGGAUCAUGACCUGAGCCAAAGGCAGACGCUUAAUGACUGAGCCACCCAGGUGCCCCUUCAGUAGUCUUUAAUAGCUUGUAUAUUUCAGAGUUUCUGUAAGAAGUCCUGGUUCCUUUUAAUGGAAAAUGGUAUUUGGAGGCUGUAUCUGAGUACUGGGGAUGCUCAUUGUUAGAAGGUGGUCUUUGUUUCUAGGCCUUUUCAGAUGUGUAAAUGUGUGUGUGUGUAUUUCCCCCUGAAUUAAAAAAGUCAUGAAUUCACACCAGUACUUUAUAUUCAAAUUCAGCACUGCAGUGUGUGUGUUUGGGGGUGGGGGGUUGUUAAUCAGCUUUGUUGGGAUAAAAUUUAUAUUCAAUAAACUUACUUAUUUUAAAUGUACAAAUUAUGAGUUUUGACAAAUGUGUAACCACCACCACCACAAUGACAAUAUAGAACAUUUCCAUCACCCCAAAAAUGUCCCCUCAUGCCUUUUAGGACUGCAGGGCUUUUACUUAAUCUCUUUUAUCAUACAUCUGUAUCUCUUCCAUUCCAAAAUCCCAGUUCUCAAGAAUACUGAGGGGGCUGGGGCGCCUACGUGGCUCAAUCCAUUAAGCUUCUGCCUUCGGCUCAGGUCAUGAUCUCAGGGUCCGGGGACCGAGUCUUGCAUCAGGCUCCCUGCUCAGUGGGGAGCCUGCAUCUUCCUCUCCCCGUCCCCUGCUCAUGCUCUCUCUCGCUAUCUCUCUCUCUCUAGUAAAUAAAAUCUUAAAAAAAAAAAAAAAAUACUGAGGGUGAUAAUAUAAUUAGAAAACCAUGGCCUACAACUGGUCAUUUGCUUGAUUUCACCUUAAUUGUGGCAAUCUCAGAAUUACCAUACCAAUAUGACCACCAUAUGUCAACUUAAAAGUUUAAAUUUCAGGGGCGCCUGGGUGGCUCAGUCAGUUAAGCAGCCCACUCUUGAUUUCAGCUCAGGUCAUGAUCUCAGGGUCUUGAGAUUUAUAUAUUUAUAAAUAUAUAAAAUCUUUUCUAAAAAAAGUUUAAAUUUCAUUUUUAUAAUUUAAUGAUAAGAGUGUUCUUUUUUUUUUUUUUUUUUUUUUUAAGAUUUUAUUUAU